AUGAAUGUAUUUCCGAAUGAGUUAUCCGGAUUACAACCGAAGAGGGAGAUUGAAUUUACCAUUGAGUUGCAUCCGAAUGUUAAACCAAUUUCGAUUCCACCAUAUCGGAUGGCUCCUGCAGAAUUAAAGGAGUUGAUGACUCAGUUGGAAGAGUUACAAGACUUGGGGUUUAUUAGACAAAGUGUGUCCCCAUGGGGAGCACCAGUAUUGUUCGUAAAGAUGAAAGAUGACUCGUUGAGGAUGUGUAUAGACUAUCGACAAUUAAACAAUGUUACGGACUCCGGAUGGGUUCGGGGUGAUGAUAGAGGUGUGAGGUUCACAGGGAGAUUGAUAGUACCCGAUGACAAAGAGCUACAAAAGGAGAUCUUGAAAGAAGCACACCAUUCUCGGUUUGCUAUGCAUCCAAGAGUGAAGGUGGAACACCAAAGGCCGGCGGGUUUGCUACAACCCCUAUCGGUGGCACAAUGGAAAUGGGAGAUGAUCACCAUGGACUUUAUUAUGGCGUUGCCGAUGACACCGAAGCAAAAUGAUACCGUUUGGGUGAUAGUCGAUAGAUUGACCAAAUCAGCUCACUUUCUACCGGUGAACAAGACGGACACCUUAGAUUCAUUGAGCACAUUAUACGUGCAAGAGAUAGUGAGACUCCACGGAGUGGCACUGUCCAUUCUGUCUGAUCGAGACCCGCAAAAGUCCUAUGCGGAUAAGAGGAGGAGGCCAUUGGAAUUUGCGUUUGAUGACAAAGUAUUUUUGAAGGUUAGUCCACGACGUGGCAUUCAAAGGUAUAGCAAGCAAGGGAAGUUGACACCGUGGUUUGUGGGUCCUUUUGAAAUCCUUGAGCUAGUUGGAUCGAUAGCCUAUCGUUUGGCACUUCUACCAAAAUUGGCUAAAGUUCAUAAUGUGUUUCAUGUUUCUAUGCUACGAAAAUAUGAGUCGGAUCCAUCACAUGACAAGGUCUCACGAUCAAGUGCGAUACCAUUGGUUAAAGUCUUAUGGGUGUAUCACGACACGGAAGAGGUGACUAGGGAGCUUGAGUCGAAGAUGAAGGAGAAAUAUUCGCACUUAUUCGCAAGUCUAGGUGUAACUGUCCGGACAGCUUUAAAAAGCCAUCCAGACAGUCAUAGAAUAAAUGGAAACAGAGAUGGUUUCAGGCAGAGGUGUCCGGACGACCAUCUAGGGUGUCCGAACACCUCCCUAAAAUCGGCACGCGUGAGUCUAGUCUCGCAUUUUGUCGUACUUGUUUCAUUGGUUGAGACAUGUUGUGUGACACCUCAAUUUGAUGGUUGGAUGGAUGGUUGGGAGGGUGCUCCAUGGUUUGAGGCACUGAUUAGAUUUGAGAAUGCAUUUGUGCUAUGA